AUGUAUUUGGAAUUUGACAAAAACCAUGGCUCGUCGACCUACCAGCGUUUCCUGUUAACUCCAAAACUAUUCGUGUUCUUUUACUCGGCAAGUUUAGGAUGCCUCAUGCCGUUUCUACCGAUAUUUUUUCGUCUAAAUGGCAUGUCUGCCAUCCAAGCUGGCCUCUUGGUUUCAACAAGAUAUUUAAUUAUCUUUUGGUCUGCACCUACGCUGUCGUUUCUUGCAAGCAAAAUAAACGCUCGCAAAUGUGUCCUUGUAAUGGCUGUGCUCUUUGGCGCUCUGGCUAACAUGGCGUUCGUGUUUACAGCGAAAUAUCAAGAAAAAACGAGACAGAACUGCGCUGAUAUUGGCGAAAAUGUGAACCAAAGUUUGAUGACUAAUUUGGGUUCUAGUAUAUUUAAUCAUGUCAACACAAACAAUUCAAUCCAUUUUCAAGCUAUGUUCAACGUGAGCAUUGAACAAGAUAUAUUUCAUGCUAUUGGUCUGAAAUUUGAUAAACAGUUCUUGACAUUUUUGGUGAUAGUAGCUGUCGGCACAUUUAUGUCAAGCCCGGCAAAGCCCCUUCAUGAACUAGUCAGCUUGGCAAUCAUUAAAGAACAUAAUGCGAGUUAUAAUAUACAGCGACUCUGCAGUGUUCUUGGCUGGAGUGUCAUGUCAUUGCUUGUGGCAGUGGUUGUUUACAAGUUACCGUGCAGUUUCAAGCUGUCGCAGAAUGUUUUCGACCUGCAUUUUGGCUUCCACAUGCUAUUUGCAACGACAGCUCUCAUAUUCGUUGUAAUCAUGAAAGCCCCAGCACACAAAGUGACUGCCAAAUUUAAAUUCUGCCGAGUACUAAAAGUCGCCUGCAAGAACCCAAAUUGCAUCGUAGCUAUUGUUGCCAUGGCAAUACUCGGCACAGCGCAAUCUGCCGUAUCGAGUUACCUAUUCUGGUACAUCCAAGACCUCGGGGGUAAUGAGAUACAUAUGGGGUUAAUAGUGUUCGUAUCAGGGCUAUCCCAGAUACCCCUAUUAUUUUUAACCAAAUACCUGAUACACUGGCUUGGACACGGUUGGAUGUUUUUCAUAUCGAUGUUCGGGUUUGCCACUCGGUUCAUAUUGUAUUCAUAUAUUAACCACCCGUUGAUGGUUAUCCCAAUAGAGUUUCUCCAUGCGCUGACAUCCUCUUCGAUUUGGUUAACAUCAAUGUCCCUUGCCGUCUUGGUUGCACCAAUUGGCUUCGAACGAUCAAUGCAGAAUCUGUUUACCACAUCAUAUUAUGGGCUCGGCAUGGGCGUCGGCGGUGUGUUGGCAUCCAUCGGUUACCAACUUUAUGGUCCUAUACAAGUGUUUGAAUGUGCGGCAGCUGUCUGUGCCGUGUACUCGCUGGUCAUGGCUCUGUUGCAGUGUCUCAUAUCACCUCCAGAUGAAAAUCAUGGGUUUCCAAUAAAUGGGGAUUAUUAUAAAGCAGGUGCUGGCAGUAACAACCAAUCUGAUUGGCUACUUGAAGCUUUGAAUGCCGAGGAAGAGGAGAUUCAAUAUUCCAGAUCAUGA